AUGCCGCAGCAGCCGCCAAAGCACCUCCAGCUGGAUGUAUCAAAGAUCCCGAAGCUUGAUCUUAACCAGGCAGGUCAUUUGCGCCACUUCCACAACCUUGCCUGGCAGAUUGAUGGUGAAUGGCGAAACAUGGGCACACAAGAGCCAGCUCAAGAGUGGUUAGAAGCCUAUAGGUAUCAACUAUCCUCCAUGGCUUAUGGUGCUGGUGUGGCGCACUUUCAUCGACUUCCGGCAUUGAGGAGCGUUUUCAAGCCUCUCAUACGGCGUCUGAUACAUAAAAUGCUCCGGCGGGAAGUAUGGGGUUACUGGUUUAACACCAGUCUUGCGGGCAAUCGCACCGAUCCUGGUCGGACUGAGUUGAGGAAGCCUUGGGCAGAUCCGGUUGUGCGUGAAAAUAUCAUGUACAGUGGACAUCUUCUCCUGAUGACAAGCUUGUACGCCAUGCUAUUUGACGAUGAUGAAUUCGAGAAGGAGCGCUCCCUCACAUUUCGUUGGGACCCUCUAUUCUUUGGACUCGGUACAGAAGAAUUUUCGUACGAUAACCGAAGCUUGCAGGCUGCAAUCAUGGCGGAAAUGGAGAGAAAUAAUUGGAUUGGGGUCUGCUGCGAGCCCAACCUGGUUUUCGUCGUCUGCAACCAGUUCCCGAUCAUAGCUAUGCGAUAUAAUGAUACGAGAGAUGGUACGGCCGUGGUUGAUGACGUCCUUGCAAAAUAUAAACACGCAUGGAAUCAAAAGCAGAUGAUCGCACCGAAUGGCUUGUAUGUUGAUUGGUGGUACGUGAAUCAGGAUCAACCCGAGAUUCCGAAACAAGUUGGGCUCACUGCAGGUGCGAAUGCCUUCAUGAAUGCCUGGAACUCCGACUUGGUGAAAUCCUCCUUCGAAAAACAGUCAUUCGGUUAUAUAACAAAUAUCGAUGGGGAAAUCCGUCUCAAUUCGCCAACAUUAGCGAACGUCUACAGAGACAUUGCAGGAUCCGACCCCGAAGACGCAGCACUGCUUUCAAAGGCACUUGGGAUCGCUAAGACCAUUCCACCUCCCAAAUUUCCUUACCCUCUCCCAAUGUUCGGGUACGUUGUGCAGUGGCUGUCGGAGCUUGGUAGAACGACAGAGUUAGAAGGACUUCUGAAGUAUGCGGACACGCACCUCAAUCCCACGUGGGAAGAAGGUGGGUUGUUUUAUCCGCGAAAUGACCAACCAAUCGAUGACUCUCACCGCUGGUCUUCCAUGGAUCGAUUUACCGGGAAUGCGGGAAUUGGUUAUGCUAGACUGAAUGUCAGUGACGGCCAGAAGCUCAUGUGGGAUGACCCCUGGUCUAAGAGAGUUUUGGCUGAAAGACCAUGGAUUGACGGCAUCGACUUGUCACAAGGCGUUGAUUUCCUCCGAGGACAUUGGGUCCCCGAGGAAGAUGCUUUAGUCUUGACCCUGAAAACUUGGGAUGGCAGCGUGGUCGGUUUAGAGGCAACUGCUCACAAUCUGGAAAGCGGAUCCUGGGCGAUUUAUGUUGACGGCCGACUGCAACGGUGUGUCAAUGUAACUGAAGCGGGUAGUUUCACUUUCAAUGUGAUUGCUGGAGCAGUUGAAUGUGACUAUGUACUGAGGAGAAUCCCCGAAGUGGAUAUCUAA